AUGGCGGUGUUAGUAGAUCAGACCGGUACCUUGGUGAAGGCCUUGAUUGCCAUAGUUGUUCUUCACGUCCUCGGAAAGGCAAUUUACAAUGUCUUCUUCCAUCCGUUGCGGACCUUUCCCGGCCCCGUCUCUCAUGCCAUGUCUCCCAUCCCAUACUGCUAUCGGUUGCUACGGGGCCGGCUUCCCUUCGAUAUGUUAGCCCUGCAUGAAAAGUAUGGAGACGUGGUCCGAAUUGCACCGGGUGAACUGGCAUUCGCGCAUGUAGACGCUUGGAAAGACAUUCACGGCCAUCAGCCCAAUGGUGGCGACGAGUGCGGGAAGUGGAUGAGCUUUUAUAAGUAUGCAGACGGCACGCCCACCAGCAUUGCCAAUGCCGAGCGUGAGGAGCACGGCAUCCUGCGACGUCAAUUAUCCCAUGGUUUCUCCGAACGGUCCAUGCGGGCACAAGAGCCCCUCAUCACUCAGUAUGUCGACUUGCUCAUCCAGCGUUUGCACGAGAAGUGUGGCGACGGUACCAAGUCCGUAGAUAUGGUGUCGUGGUACAAUUUCACUACCUUUGACAUUAUCGGUGAUCUAGCCUUCGGGAAACCGUUCGGGUCCUUGGAAAACUCCGUAUACCAUCCGUUCAUCCCGCUGCUUCUCAAAUCGGCCAAGACGGGGACCUUGAUGUUGAGUUUGAGCUUCUAUCCUCUGUUGAAGAAAUUCUUUCUGGCGAUGGUGCCAAAAUCAGUCGUCAAAGCGUUCCAGGAUCAUCGGGAUGUCUCUGUUGCCAAACUUCGCGAGCGUAUGCAGGCAGGAAAUGAGCGCGACGACUUGAUUGAAGGGCUCCUGAGGAAACAGGAUGAGCUGGUUGGUAUUCCUGGUCAAUGA